AGUGAUUCACUUUUAAAUUAUAAAUAUACAUGCAGCGGACGAAUUUAUUUUUUAUAGCAGUCUACUUGUCUAGAGAUCUAUUAUCUAUACUUUUGUGCUAUAACGUGCCUACAAGUUUAUGAGUUAGUCUACAUAUACUAGAUCUAUAUUAGAUCUUACACCUGGUGUAGACUAGAUCUUGAACCAGAUUCUUGAAAUCUAAAUGAAUGUGUGUUGAGUGCUGCGGCUGAAACAAAUCAAGUUAAAAGCCCAUUCGUUCACAUUGGUAUUGUGUUGGAUUGGAAAAUUUCGAAAGAUGCCAUUCACCAUCCUCAUGCAUGCUUUCAAAAAGGGUAAUCUAGAUCUCCAAUUUCAUCUGGAUCUAAAAGCUACAGACAAAAGACCUAUUUUCUAUGUAUUGUAAAACCUAAUGGAAGUUGUCUUUGUCUAGUUUUUUUAUGAUUAAAACAUGCAAUAAAAAAUGGGUUGACAUAGGCCUUAAAAAAUAGUCAAUGUUGCAGCUGGGGCACUUAUAAUGCCACCUUUGAGCUCUGGAAAAGGCCAAUAUUACUUAUUGUGGCCCCAUAGAGUGAAGUGAUUUUGAAUAUGUUUAUACUUGAGAGAUUAGCCACUGUCUUAUACUAGUAGUUGUCUCUCUGCUUAAGCUUCUUAUAUUGUCAUGGUAAUAAAUGUAAGUUGUAAAGAUUAUGUCAACAUCGCCUAAUCAAAACUACUAGUAUUUGGAAAUAAGUCAGGUAUUCUUUAUCUAUUUAAAUAUCAUCUUAAAUAUAUAUCUUAUUGCAGGGCCGGCCUGCUUACUGAUAAAAUAAAUGUUGAAAAAUUUGUAUACACAUACUUUUAAAGCUUAUGUUUACGCUGCAUUAUUUUUUUUGCAAGAAAAAAACCCACUAAAUAAUAGAAUUUGUAAUUAUAAUUUUAUUAAAAAUACUGACAGUACCGGUAUUAUACAGAUAAACUCAACUAGUACAAGUAUUAAAUUAAAUACCUUACAUAUGUAUAUUCUUUUUGUUGCAAAGAAAAUUUUGUAACAAACUUAUUUAAAUCAUUUUGUGAACAUUUUUUAAAAUAUAUUUGUACUUUAUUUAUUUAUAAUCAUUUACUUUUCUUUAAUGUGUAUUUCUACAUCAUUGAAAAAAAUGUAUUUUUUUUUCGUAGUACUGUAUCAGUUUAAAUUUACAUAAAUAACAUUUGUUAUUUUUCUAUUGUAAAAAUAUUUUUUUAAUGUACAGCCAUUGCAAUGAACUAUUUUUUUAAAUAAGGUAUAUAAUUACAAUUAUACUAUUUGUAGAGAAAUAAAUGUGAUGAUAUUUUCAUUAUGUAUAUGUUUGUCUUUAUACUGGUAUCUGUUAAAAAUAUUUCUAUAACUUUCAACACCAUGAAUCUAAAUCUAAAUACUAAGAUAGUUGUUUAUCACUUUUCUUUUCAUUGACUUGUAAGGUAGUUUUGCAAGCAAAUCUUACGGUACUUACAUACAAACAUACUUAAGACACCUAUUUUCUUUAUCCAUACAUAUGACUUGCCUUUUUAUGAUGCAGUUGACGAGUCAACUCAUCAUCCUGUUUAAUACUGGUAUCCUUUAAUGUCUCUGUCACACUGUCCAUCUAAAAUUUUAAAAAAAAAUUUGAUUGGGCUGAAUUCACCUACAUAAAUAAUGUAAAAUGAAAAAAAAAAAAGAACUAUCGUGACAAAAGUGUAAUGAAAUAGAUAAAGUUAUGUUCACAGCCGCGCACUGACUUCAAAAAAAGGGCAUACCCAUAUAGUUGUUGCAGGUGUUAAAUCACGAUAGAAAAAAAAAAGUGCUAACUUCGGUAUUUAAAAAAAAAAGUUGAACCCUCUUAAUAGUAAAUUAAAUGUCUACCACGCUUUAAUUACUUAAUUGUCCACGAUACAACAGCUGGUAUCAAACAUGUACGGUACCGGUACGGUAUGAUAGUUAUUCCAAAGGCUUGUUGCAGUGUGACAUAUAUAAGCCUAUUAUGUCUUAACAUUAUUUUAGAGCGUUGUUUUGUCACGUUAUUUAUGGGCUUUCGCUAUAACGAUUUGAUUUCUUUUCCACGUGAUUUCUUUCUGGACGGCUGAAAUCAAUCGCAUACAUUUUUUUGUCCUUUCUCUUGUGUUCUGAAAUGCGUUUAUUAUAACCUUGUAACACACUCGCCUUUCGGGUGGACCUCAACCGGCUGUGUUGGCAAUGGGUAAGUCAUUUUUGUUGUCUUGGUUAUGUCCUAUUUUUUUUUUUAAAGUGGACGUGUGAGCCAGGUGUUUUGAUUAACCUUAAACUAAAGAGUUUCCACUCUACUCGCCCAAUUUAGUUAAAUUUGAAAAGGGGGGGGGGGGAGGGUAAGUAUUUUAUGUACCGGUAUGGGUAUAUGCAGUGUUUUUUGUUUUUGUGACGUUACGCACCGGUACGGCGUAGGCCUACUGACACCUUUUUCAAUGUGGGGAAAAAUUAUUACUUUUCUUGUAUUUUAACGUUUAUUAUUAAUUUAUUAGUACCGUAGUUAAAAGUGAGGUAAUCCAUCACAGAGUACCGGCACCUAUUAAAAAAAUAAAUAAAAAAAGCACUGGGUAUAUGUGAUUGAAAAUGACGAGACUGUGAGGGCAAGUGUGAAUGAGAAGUGUCUGUAUACAAAUACUGUCCAAAGUAUACCGGUAAUAAAGAUAUAUUUGUUCUUGUUUGAAAUUCAGGCUAUGAAUGCGAGCGACAUUGAGGUUUUACUAGUAGUAGACCAAUACAAAUGAAAUUAGUAAAGGUGUAGGCCUACAUCUUCCCACGACAUUAAGUCACUGACCCGAUUGUGCAAAAUACUUGCCUAAAACAAGUAGCCUACCUGGUACGCGGUAACUUUUAUUCCUUUCAUUGUGUCGAGGCGCACACCUCCCCACUAAUACAUUGAUCUAUGUUUUAAAUUGUUUUUUUUUUAAUUAUUAAUUGUUCCCUACAGUCAAUGUAACAGUAUUUCUCUGAGUCUUAGUAGUUUGUUUAAAUUAAUACGCGGGGUAAAAGAGUAACGGUACCGAGCUACUUGUCUUAGAAAUUAUUAUUAUCAUUUUUGAAAAAUAAACAUUGAACCAGUGCACUAAGAAUUACAAUUUUAUUAGUUUAAAAACAUUUAUUAGUAUGCUAGUGUGCUCUUUGAUAAUUUGUAAAAGUUUUUCUUUUAAAACUUAAGGAUGUUCUUUCAGAUUUGAGGAUUAUUGCAUCUUCUGUGCAAUUGGUAAGUAUUGGUAACUCGAUACACUGAAUGUACAAAUGCUUCACUGUAGGUAACCGUAUUGCCGUGUAAACUCUGUACUGCUGUUCUACUGGCAUCCCUGUCUCGACCUGGACUCGUAUUUGAUACUACUGUACCGGACUGAAGCGUAGGCCUAAAUCGUCUUGACUCUGAUGACAACCGCUCGCCUAGCUCUAGCAUGUGUUAUCUGUGUCUGCUUAUACAUAUACGAUUACCCCUACCCGCGUCCCAGCACAAUUAUAACAGUGCCGUACGAUAAGUUUAAGGUUGCCUUUCAGUAAGUAAAGUACCGUAAGGCAAAGUUCCCCUUACAGACCUUGCGAUCUAUAGAUUUGUGAACAAAGGUGUCACGUGGCCAGCACAACGAUUAGUCGCCUUUACUUUUCCCUAACUAAUGUCAGGUACCCAUGAGAGCUGGGUGGACUCAAGAGGUGCCUUAAAGAUCCCGAAAUUAAAAAUCCCAGGAUGUGAACCCGGGAACCCAAACGCUUUACCACUCGGCCACAGCCCUUCAAAAAUGGUUAAAUAUUAUCGAAGAAUAAGACAUAUUCUUUCACCAUUCUUUUUUCAUUGCAUGAUUCUCCAGCAUCGUUACCUUAAUCGUAGUAUUAUCUUGUAUUAAACAUUACAGACAUUACAGGUACCGGGGUACUCGUAUUAUCUUGUAUUAAACAUUACAAGUACCGGGGUACUCGUUGUAUUAUCUUGUAUUAUACAUUACAUACAUUACAAGUACCGGGGUACUUCACAAAGAAUAUAAGUACAUCCUACGCGUAUGCAUGCGUCAUUCUAAUCGUGCAUGUUAAAUCUCAAACUCUGCUCAAGCCGUUGGUUUUCCUGGCUAGUUCCGGCAACCCAUUCCGUGCUCUAACAGGACUAGGGGAAAAGUAGGACUUGUAUCAUCAUACAUACAUUUCCCGAUGUGACUUCAUCAAAGUUAUGAAAGGCUUGAGUUAUUGAUCUUAUACAAUUUUCUUUAGGUUGCGCUGUAAAAAAUCUUCCGUUUGAAUAGCUGCUAUGUUGAAAUGUUACAGUGAUCAACCAAGAUGGCAUUGGCAGUGCAUGAGAAUUUUUGCCCAAAAAAUGUUCUGUGCAUUUUGGUAUUGAAUAAUUGUGGAUAUGACUUAAAUAUAUAGAUCUAGUUUUCCACAUUUUGGAGCUCUGCAAUGACAUUAACAAGGAGGAAUGAAGACUUUUGUGAUUCAAUUGAAACUUCAAAAAAGGAAUAAAAAGUCCUUACUGAUUCAACAAUGUCAGCCUGAACACCCACAUGUAACAUAGAAUUUUAUUCACUACUUUCACUGGAUCUCAGAUGGAGCCUUUACAGAAAUUUAACAUUCCAAAAAUAAAAGGUGUCACUCAUAGAGAAGGACACAUUCAGAAAGUGAGUUUGAGCAGUAGAGACUCCAAUAUUCUACUAGAAGAUAUCAAAAAAUGUUGUUUAGACAUCACUUACUGUGACCAAAUUGAGGUUCUGGAAAUUUUAAUGAUCCACAACUCUGAGUUGAACAAAUCUUAUAUAGCAAAGAAAUCUGAGAUCAGAGGACGUAGCAAUGUUUCCUUCAAGGAAGAUUAUGGUUUCUUAUGUCAUAGAAUACCAAUGAGAGAGAUAGCCAAAUGUGGCCUGUCUAUAGGAAACAUUACUUUCAAUGGCCUGGGUGAAAGUCGCUGUGGCAUUUACUUGUCUCGGUAUUUUGAUGUGGAAUUGGAAAGUUCCUUCUUUGUUGAUGUGAAAGAGAUUUUCAUUUUUAAGUACAUAGCUGGGAAAUCAAAGAGUGUGAAGAUAUCUUUUAAUAACAACUUAGAGCCAACACCCAACUUUGACUCACAUGUCAGCAGUGUGCCACCAAAUGUUAGUGAUAGCUUGUACACUCAAACAAAUAGAUCUAAGAUUUAUUUGUAUGAGUAUACAGAUGAUUGUGUGCCCGCCAAAUAUCCCAGACAUUGCCUUCCAUAUGCUGUUUUGAAAGUAAGAAAACUUCCUAAAUGUUUGUGGACUACUGGCUUGAAUUCAAAACCUUUAACCUAUUCAUCCACACUGACAAGCAAAGAUGUAAGUCAGACCUGCCCUCCAGUUAAAAAAAAGAAAAAAAACAAGUCAUCCAAAGGCUCAUCAACAUCUUUCAAAAUCAGCCUUGAAAAGUCUGCCACUUUGACUGAUGGCCUUGAGUCACCAACUAAUAAAGUACCCAAACCCUAUCAACCGCUACUUCCACCUGAGCCAUCAGGCAUCUCACAGUCUGGUAAAAAUGCUAAGAACACAGAAAACAACACUAAUGCUACAAAGUUUUCACAGAAAUGUGUAGAUCCUCGGCUAAGAGCUCUAAACUCCAUUCCGCAAAAUCCUUUUCCAUCUGCCCUAAAGCAGGCAUCAUGUGCUUUAUCUCUUAAUAGCAGCUCAUGGUCAGAAUAUAAACAUCAAACACUGUGCAAACCUAUUGUUAGUUGCUUAAAAACUAAUUCCAAAUCUGAGUCCAAAAAAAUCAAAGAAAAAAAAAAGAUCAGUCUUUUAGAUUACAAGAAAAAAAAAGAAGAGACAAAUAGCGAUUGUACUGAAAGUGAUUUGGCAACUACAGCUGAAAAGCAGAAUUCUUCAGAGGUCAAUGUUCCAGCUUGUCCACCAUCAUCAGAUCAUUUAAAUCAGUCUAAAUUUGAGUCUGCACAUGUGUCUCAAAGAAAUGGUUUAGAGUUAACUAGUCAUCCAGCAUUAGCCAUUUUGAAUGAGGACUCAAACCAAUCUAGACUUUGCCCUGCACCUGUGGCCCAAAUAUGUGAUUCUAAUAUAGACAAUGGCUUAAAACAUUCUCCGAUAUUAAGCUGUUUGAAAAAAGGUAAUAGCCAGUCUAAACUUUGCUUGGCAGAAGAAUCUAAAGAAGGCAAAGAGAAAUGUGAUGUGCUAUUAUCAAGCCGUUUGAAUAAUGGUUCAAGUAAGGCAAAAGUUUGCACUACAAUUUCAGCCAAAAAGCAGAAUUCUGAGGUCUGUGUGACAACUUGUACACCAUCAUUAGAUCAUUUAAACCAGUCUAAUUUUGACUCUGCAUGUGUGCCCCAAAGACAGGGUUCUACAGAUAGCAUCACAGCAAUAAGUCAACCAUCAAUAGUCAUCAUAUCUCAAACAAAGGACUAUAAGGGCUCAAGCCAUAAACUUUGCUCAGCAAAUGAGGCAGCAAGAUUGGAAUCUAAAGAUGGCAAAGAGGCAACUGACAUAUCAUUAUCAAACCAUUCCAGUAAGGUUAAAAUUUACCCUGCAAAUGCAGCCAAAAAGCAGGAGUCAGAGUCAAUAGAGGUCAUUGUCGCAACCUCUUCAUCUCAGUUGGAACCAAACCAGUCAAAACCUAACACUACACAGGUGAACAUUCCUAAGGUUUUUACCAAGGACACUUUGGCCAGUGAUUCGCCAACAGAAGUCAGGCCAGACUGUUUACUAGCUGUCAACCUUCCAGUCUGUACAGAUAUAGACCCCCUGACAGAGACAGAAAUCCCAGGCCCCAGUAUAUAUCUUAGUAGUGAUGAUGAUGAUGAUGAAGAGGAUGAAGAGUACAGUUCUUGGUCUUACUAUGAAGAUUCAUCAGAUGAGAGCCUGCCAUCCAUUGCUUGUCAGUCCAGAUCCUGCACUCCCACUGACUCUUGCAGAUCUGUGUUUUCUGCCAUUGAUGCCUUCCCACCUUCACCUUCUGACAACUACUUCUUGGCAUCCCCGAGCAUUGAUCCAUGUCCUCUUUCUUCACAGUUACCUUUAUGUCAAUCCUCCCCGUGUCCCAGUCCCAUGCUGUGUGGUUCAAAACAGCACAGCUCUGAAUACAAGCCCUCAUCCUCUUCAAUCUCAUCCCAACCUUCUAAUAUCCCACCAACACCUGCUUCUGAUGUCACUUCAGCCACACAGUCUCCAUAUGUAGGAUCAACACCUGCUUCUGAUGUCACUUCAGCCAAACAGUCUCCAUAUAUCAGACCAACACCAGCUUCUGAUGUCACUUCAGCCACACAGUCUCCAUAUGUCAGACCAACACCAGCUUCUGAUGUCACUUCAGCCACACAGUCUUCAUAUGUCAGACCAACACCUGCUUCUGAUGUCACUUUAGCCACACAGUCUUUAUAUGUCAGACCAACACCUGCUUCUGAUGUCACUUUAGCCACACAGUCUUCAUAUGUCAGACCAACACCUGCUUCUGAUGUCACUUCAGCCAAACAGUCUCCAUAUGUCAGACCAACACCUGCUUCUGAUAUCACUUCAGCCACACAGUCUUCAUAUGUCAGACCAACACCUGCUUCUGAUGUCACUUUAGCCACACAGUCUUCAUAUGUCAGACCAACACCUGCUUCUGAUGUCACUUCAGCCACACAGUCUCCAUAUGUCAGACCAACACCAGCUUCUGAUGUCACUUCAGCCACACAGUCUCCAUAUGUCAGACCAACACCAGCUUCUGAUGUCACUUCAGCCACACAGUCUUCAUAUGUCAGACCAACACCUGCUUCUGAUCUCACUUCAGCCAAACAGUCUCCAUAUGUCAGACCAACACCUGCUUCUGAUGUCACUUCAGCCACACUGUCUCCAUAUGUCAGACCAACACCUGCUUCUGAUGUCACUUCAGUCACACAGUCUCCAUAUGUCAGACCAACACUUGCUUCUGAUGUCACUUCAACACUUGCUUCUGAUGUCACUUCAGCCACACAGUCUCCAUUUGUCAGACCAACACCUGCUUCUGAUGUCACUUCAGCCAAACAGUCUCCAUAUGUAGGACCAACACCUGCUUCUGAUGUCACUUCAGCCAAACAGUCUCCAUAUGUCAGACCAACACCUGCUUCUGAUGUCACUUCAGCCAUACAGUCUCCAUAUGUCAGACCAACAUCUGCUUCUGAUGUCACUUCAGCCAAACAGUCUCCAUAUGUCAGACCAACACCUGCUUCUGAUGUCGCUUCUGCCAAACAGUCUCCAUAUGUCAGACCAACACCUGCUUCAGAUGUCACUUCAGCCAAACAGUCUCCAUAUGUCAGACCAACACCUGCUUCUGAUAUCACUUCAGCCAAACAGUCUCCAUAUGUCAGACCAACACCUGCUUCAGAUGUCACUUCAGCCAAACAGUCUCCAUAUGUCAGACCAACACCUGCUUCUGAUGUCACUUCAGUCAAACAGUCUUCAUAUGUCAGACCAACACCUGCUUCUGAUGUCACUUUAGCCACACUGUCUCCAUAUGUCAGACCAACAUCUGCUUCUGAUGUCACUUCAGCCAAACAGUCUCCAUAUGUCAGACCAACACCUGCUUCUGAUGUCGCUUCUGCCAAACAGUCUCCAUAUGUCAGACCAACACCUGCUUCAGAUGUCACUUCAGCCAAACAGUCUCCAUAUGUCAGACCAACACCUGCUUCUGAUAUCACUUCAGCCAAACAGUCUCCAUAUGUCAGACCAACACCUGCUUCAGAUGUCACUUCAGCCAAACAGUCUCCAUAUGUCAGACCAACACCUGCUUCUGAUGUCACUUCAGCCAAACAGUCUUCAUAUGUCAGACCAACACCUGCUUCUGAUGUCACUUUAGCCACACUGUCUCCAUAUGUCAGACCAACACCUGCUUCAGAUGUCACUUUAGCCACACAGUCUUCAUAUGUCAGACCAACACCUGCUUCUGAUGUCACUUCAGCCACACAGUCUCUAUAUGUCAGACCAACACCUGCUUCAGAUGUCACUUUAGCCACACAGUCUUCAUAUGUCAGACCAACACCUGCUUCUGAUGUCACUUCAGCCACACAGUCUCCAUAUGUCAGACCGACACUUGCUUCUGAUGUCACUUCAGUGUUACCAUCUCCUGCUUCCGAUCGACAUUGUCAAAAUAAACCAUCAAUAUAUAAUGAUCCUAUUGCAACAAUCCCUUCACCAAAAAUUUCUUCACAUAUUGACACUCCUCCAAGUGAAGCACCACCAUGCUUAAAUCUACCAUUACCACCUUCUGGCCCUAUUACAGCAAAUAACAUAACAUCAUCACAUCCGACAUUACCAUCUUCUUAUCCCACUAAAACAUUACCUUCACAAAAUAUUCCAUCGUUUUCGGAAUUGUUAGAUAUUCUAAAGACAGUUUCUAAAAAUGAAGCUUUACCUCCCUCUGGUUCUGUUGCAUUGUCAACUUCUCAUUGUACCCCACCAAUGCUGGACUCACCAUCUCAAAACAUAACAAAUGCUGCAGAUUCCAUUUCAGUAGGUCUUUAUCAAGUCCCCCCAUCCACUGCCCCAAUCUCAACAAACUUGACUUGUAGUAGCUCAAAAGCUUCUGUCUUAAAGCCAAUUUUACCAUUGAUGAAUUCCCAUACAAAUGUAUCAUCUCCUGUCUCCCAUUCUUCUCAACCACCUUCUAACUCCCUUGUACAUGAAUCUUCUGUCUCACAACCUACUGUGCCAUUAUCUUUCCACCAAUUCACACAAUCAGCGGUGUCUUAUCCAACACAGCCAGCUCCUGCUUUUUAUCCGACUAUAAAAUAUUCUCCCUUUUGUCCCUCUCAUGUAUCAUCUAUCACUGUGCCAGUCUUUCCUCAUAUGCAAAAAAACCACAACCCCAUCCCAAUCCUAAAAUCUCAUCCUUAUUUUUACUUUGUUCCCCAAACUGCUUCUUCUCCAAUUCCAAUAGCAGAACCAUCUUCUAAAGUACAGACAGUCAUCUCCACACCAUCUCAAGUACAGAUUUUCCCAGUGUCCACCUCCACUCUGUAUGGUGGCACACCAUCACCUCAGGUAACAUUGACAGCCUUGUCUUCUCAGCCUGCAACAUCUUUAUCUUCUAAUCCUGAAGCAUAUUUACCAUCUCAGUCUACAACAUCCUCACCAUCUCAGCCUACAAGAGCGUUACCAUCUCAGUCUACAGCAUCCUCACCAUCUCAGUCUACAGCAUCCUCACCAUCUCAGCCUACAAGAGCGUUACCAUCUCAGUCUACAGCAUCCUCACCAUCUCAGUCUACAGUAUCCUCACCAUCUCAGCCUACAAGAGCGUUACCAUCUCAGUCUAUAACAUUGUUACAAUCUCAGUCUACAACAUCCUCACCAUCUCAGCCUACAAGAGUAUUACCACCUCAGUCUACAGCAUCCUCACCAUCUCAGCCUACAAGAGUAUUACCACCUCAGUCUACAACAUCCUCACCAUCUCAGCCUACAAGAGUAUUACCACCUCAGUCUACAGCAUCCUCACCAUCUCAUCCUAUGACAUCGUUACCAUCUCAGCCUACAAGAGCGUUACCAUCUCAGUCUAUAACAUUGUUACCAUCUCAGUCUAUAAGAGUAUUACCACCUCAGUCUACAGCAUCCUCACCAUCUCAUCCUAUGACAUCGUUACCAUCUCAGCCUAUAUCAUUAUCACCUCAGGAUGCAACAUCUUGUUCUCAAGAUCUAGACAACAUCAUCAAGAGUUACAAUGAUCCUAUCUGCAUUUCAUCAGGAGGUGAGGAUAUGGAUGAGCCGUCACAAAAAAACAUCAAAUUAAUUGAAAUACAAGCUAACAAUCUAAAAAAGAAAAUGAAAGAUUCUUGGUCAAAGAACAAACGUAAACAUAUAGAAGAACUAGACCCUAAAAUUGAGAAACUAGUGCAGCACAUUGCUCAAUUUUCUAAUUCUACUGUUAAUUCGUCAUUAAUUAAAUCUAAAAUUCAUGAGAAAUUUAAAUCCCAAUGUUUCUAUGAAUCCAUAGUCAAGUCAACAAAGCUCAAAGAUGCAGUUCCAUCAAAAUGUGAUGACUAUUACAAAUACCGCUGUCCUUCGCCAGCCCAAACUGAUUAUGUAGUAAACAGAUUGACAGGAAAGCGGGCCACUACCCCUGAUUGUAUAAUAAUUAGUGGAAGUAGUUCCAAUGUAUCUUGCUGUGAUGUAGAUGUUCAUUCUGAAUGUCUAGCUGUUAAUAGUUCAACUUCAAGUGACUUGGAUGUGAAUUCUGGGUACAUGUCAAUAAGUGACACAGAUUCAACACCUGGUCAUGUGACUCAAAGUAGAUCCACUGCUUCUUCCAUUGCAUCAUUUACCUCAACUGAUCGAAAUCAUUUUAUUAAAAAAUUGUAUCAGGAAAAAACCUCUGAAAAUCAAAAUCAGUCUGCUAAGCAUGACACUAGUCCAGAAGCUCAUUCACCAGGGCCCUGUGUACAACAUUCAGAAAGUUAUUUAACAAAUGCUCCUCUAGAAGCACUGCAUCUAGCCAAGGACACUAUUUUAAAAGAAAUCCAUCUUCUUGAAGCCACAUACUUAAGCCAGGAAGAGAACAUGGAUAAUGGUCAAGAAUGUCCUUUGAGUGACACAACAGAAGACACCUUACAUCCUCCUGUGUCUUCACUUGAAACAGUCAAGGACAUUUUUAGUCAAAAGAAAGCAAAGAUAAAUAACUCCCGUACUAUACAAAAGAGUAAUGGCAGCCUUUUAGUUCAAUGUGUUAAUGAUUCCCUUGAUGCUCUGUUAGAAAUGGAUUACUCAACACCUGAAGAAAGUGAGUCUUUGAAAAACAAAAAACAUGAACCCGGUAGAGAAUUACAUGAUGCAUAUGGACACAAUUCUGCUUCCAAUAGUUUGUUUUUAAAUGCCAGUACAUUUGAUUCUGAUCUCUGUGUUACUGUUCUUGGGCCAGAUAGUCCUAACACUGAUUGUAUGCCUUCUAGAAAGGUUAAUAAGAAGCGAAAAUGGUCCCAAGCAGAUGAGAAGCAAAGCUUAAAGCAGAAAAGAACUAAACUUGUAUCUGUUGUUUCCAAUGAGCAUCUUGCAAUAAAGAAACAAGUGACAAAUAACAAAUACUUUAUGAAAAAAGGGGAUAAUAAAAAAUCAAAUACAGACAUUGACAAAAGCAAAUCAAUAAUAGCUGGGACAACUAGAAGCAGCUCACUUGAAAGAUCUAAGAACCAUCUCUUACUUGAUAGCCAUGAAAAGAAGAGCCUACAGAACAAGCCUGACAAAACUAAUGUAAAUGACUCCAUUGAAAUAGCUAAAGAAGAUAGCUUGGUUGACGAAACUGACACAAGUUCCUCAGUAGAAAGAACAAGAGAAAGCAUGUCUGUUGAAAAAGCUAAAAUUAAAAGCUCAUUUAAAAGGAGUAUAAUUACUAGCCCAAGCAGCAAAACUAGAACUACUAGCGCUCUGAAAUUAGACAAUCAAAAAAAUACACACAACUUAACGAAUACAAGCAGCAAAACUAGAAUUACUAGCCCUCUGAAGUCAGGCAAUAAAAGAAUAUAUACACCACAUGACUGUCGUUCUUUUAAGUUCCAACCGUCACAUAGAUCACAUAGAUCAGCAAGUAUGUCACCUACCCGGUCUUUUAAACAUUGGUCUUCUAGAAGGUCAUUAAAAAGUAGGUCACCUAAAAGAAAAAAGAACUUUAUAGAUAGUGAGAAAAGUUCAAAGAGUUCUGUGGAAAAAACUUUGCCUGAUGUCCAGCACUCAUUGUCUCAACCUCACAAAACAGUACAUAAAAAAUCCAUUGUGGAUGAAUUAUUGAACAUCUAUAACCAACCACCAAGUCAAAGUGGGUCAGCUUCUUCACUGCACAAGUCUUCUGAUCUAGAUUUAGAUUUUUAUAUUCCCAGAAAAGAAACAUCAGUCAAAGGACAAGACUUGACAGCCAAAAUGUUUGUUUUUCUUCAAAUUGGAUUCUUGUUUCAAGAAGACUCUCCUUGUGCUAUUCCUUUUCCAGUGAACACAAUCCUGAAUAGCCAAGACUUAAACCCACAGCAACAGAAGAACAUGGGGGAUGAAAUAAUGAAAGCAUGUUCUGCUUGGUUUGAUCUACCCAGCAAUGCUUUUGUUGGUAGAAACUUGAGAUAUGAUCUUCCACUUAGCAUGGCUGACAGAAGUCAUGUGGAGACAUUUUCUACCCAACAGUUUUAUUUAGAGUCCAAACUGAUUGGACAAUGCCACAGUUUUCUCAUGCUUGAAGAGAAAGAUGGAACCUUAUCGGGUGACACCCUGGAGCAGGUCCUGCAGGGAUUUGAGAAGAAAAGAAUCAAAAUCCUAGACCUCAUUAGUGAUAUUGAGAACAUAGCUCAGAAGCUGAAAGACAACAGUGAUCCUCUGACCACCCCAGAGCUGACCCAACAGGUACUUCAACUUGAGUCUGAGCUGACCUCUGCUGUUGCUGAAUACACAUCCUCACAAUCACACACAUCCAAUACUCUUAAGCUGUUAAUUUUGGACACUCUGCCUGACCUCACCAAAGUUCCGCUGCUGGGAUUCAAGUUCAAAUCUCCCUCUUUGAAACUUAUGGACUCGCACUUACAGAACAUCAAGCAUUCAUUUGAAGUGGUCACCAAAGACUUUAUUCAAACAUUUCAGUCUGUGAACUUUGGUCACGCCCACUACCCAGUGCCUGAGCAACUAUUGCUUGAGGGUGAGGUUGAGGAGCUCUAUGCAAAGAGAAGUUGUUGCUUCAUUUUGUCGGCUUCUAUUCCUCCACAAGACUUUAAGACUCUCUUUCAGCUGCGCUGUAAAAUUGAGAGCCUCCUAAAAACAGCAUCAGAUAGCAGUGAUUCAAAGAAAGAUGAACUUGUUCAGUUCACCAAUGAAAGAGCCAAGCUACUCCAGAGAUAUGUUGGACAUCAGAGUUCAACAAGGAAGGAUAAGCUCGAGGUCUUGUUCAAUAAUUUUCUAAUCACUCAAAAUUAUAUUAAAAAAAUCAUUGGAGCAGAUGGACUGGUUCAAAUGCCAUUAUUCAAUUCUCUUCUUAAAGCUACUGAAAAUCACUUCAAGCUUCUUGAGGAGGCUAUGGAGAAAAAGAAACCAUCCUGAGACCAAAUGCAGGAACUAAUUAUCGCAAAACACCAUGCCUAUGCAGAGGAUUUUGAAAGCGUUAUAUACAAAAAUCAUAAGCUAGAUUAUGUUGGUUGUUCUUCAAAUAUUUGGCUAUAUUGUGGAGAUUUAAAGGCAAUAACACUUAUUUCUGUGGCAUGUUGAGGUCAAAGUUCAACACAAUAUUGCUAUUAACAAUUUUCUUGAGCUUUUGAAAUGCUUGACUGAAUUGUUCUACUACGUGUUACUCCUGAUUCUCCAAGUUUCAUUUACAUUAGUCUUAGUCUUCUUCCAACUCUCCAGUACUGUGGGACAAGGACUUAUUCAAAGGUAGAUGGGCUACACAAAAUGGAUUAAAGUACAAUGAAAAGCUAAGUCUACAUUUAAAGUGGAGGUGGUGCAGCAUUAAUUGCAGUAGUACCAAAUAUUUAGAAAUUCUAGUAUUAUUCUUAAAGAGACAUCUUUUAAGAACUGAAUUUUGUUUACUUUGAGUGUUCUGCAAAUGAGCAAAUGUAUUUUUUUUAAUGUAUAAAUAGAUGUUUUGUGUUAACAUCUUUUUAAACUCCAUUGUUCAUGUAUAGUUUUUUUUUAUGUUUAUAUCUAUUUGAUAAUAUAUGUCCAUGUAGAUUUUUGUUUUAACCUCAAAAGACUUGUAUUUUCAAGAUUGUGUUCAUCACCACAAAAUGUUCCUAUUAAAAUGACUUCAUCACUGUU